AUGGAGGUGGCCGGAGCCGGGAGGGAGAAGGGUGACUCGGCGGCGGCCGUGGCAGCCGGGAGGAGGGGGUGCAUCCGCACGACGAGGGGCCCGUGGACUGUGCGGCGGCAGGGGCGGGGCGGCGCGGUGACGACGUCGCUGAGGCACCCAACGCCGCGAGAGCGGGAGAACAACCGGCAGCGGGAGCGGCGGAGGCGGCAGGUGGCCACGAGGAUCUACGCCGGGCUGCGCGCCAACGCCGGGUACGCGCUGCCCAAGCACGCCGACCAGAACGACGUGCUCCGGGCGCUCUGCGCCGAGGCCGGGUACCUCGUCGACGACGACGGCAACGUCGCGCGCUGCCACGAGCGUUCUUCAGGCGCCGGUACCGGCGACGGCGCAAGCGGCAGCUUCGACAACCUUCAGCUGUCCUCCUACAGCGGCGCCACGGAGGCAGCGGGAUCCGUCCACCAGCAGCCGGAGCCGGAGCAGAAGCACACGAUAUCGCUGGAGCUGACCCUCUCCUUCACCUACAUGUAG